AUGACUAAUCGGCUUGUUAUUAGUGUUAUUAGGCGAGUGCGAGGCAGGAUCUCAGCCGAGCGGAUGGCUGGAGCCCGUGACACGUUAAGCGUGCGUGGGGUGACCGGGAGGGGGGGGUCCCUGUCUGUGACAUCUGUCUGUGAUGAGGAGCAGCUCAGACACCCCCUUCUGUGCCCUCCGCCGUGUCCGACGGCUGUGUUUGUGCAUUUGCUUGCAGAACCUGCCUUCGGGGAAGUGAACCAGCUCGGGGGGGUGUUUGUCAACGGGAGACCCCUGCCCAAUGCCAUCAGGCUGCGGAUUGUGGAACUGGCGCAACUGGGUAUCAGGCCGUGUGACAUCAGCCGCCAGCUCCGCGUUUCCCACGGCUGUGUCAGCAAAAUCCUGGCUCGCUACAACGAGACCGGCUCCAUCCUACCGGGGGCUAUCGGCGGCAGCAAGCCUCGGGUCACCACUCCCACCGUGGUAAAACAUAUCCGGACCUAUAAACAAAGGGAUCCGGGCAUCUUCGCCUGGGAGAUCCGGGAUCGCCUGCUGGCCGAUGGCGUGUGUGACAAGUACAACGUGCCGUCGGUCAGCUCCAUCAGCCGCAUCCUCCGGAACAAAAUCGGGAACCUGUCUCAGCAGAGUCACUACGAGUCUUACAAGCAGCACCAGCCGCCCCCACAGCCUGCUCUGCCCUACAACCACAUCUACCCCUACCCCAGCCCCAUCGCUGCUGCAGGAGCCAAGGUGUCCACCCCUGCCGGGGUGCCGGCCAUCCCCAGCACCAUGGCCAUGCCCAGGACGUGGCCGUCCUCUCACUCGGUGACGGACAUCCUGGGGAUCCGGUCCAUCACAGACCAAGCAGUGAAUGACACUUCGCCUUACCCCAGCCCCAAGGUGGAAGAAUGGAGCAGCUUGGGCCGAAAUAGCUUCCACCCGCCGGCCCAGCAUGCCGUGAACGGGUUGGAGAAGAGCUCCAUUGAGCAGGAGGCCAAGUACAGCCAGGUGAUCUGGAUGGCACCCAAUUCGAACCCCAUUUGUGAGACCUGCCUCUUACUGGCCACCUGCUUCCACGGCCAAAACACAGUGCCCUGUCCACCAACCCACAUGGCUUCAGGGCACUCCACCUGGAUGAAACUAAUAAAGAAAGUCAGAGAGGCACCCAAUGGCCUCCCAGCCGUCAGCAGUUUCGUGUCGGCACCAGCCAUGUCUGCCUACGCCACGCCGGCCCAAGUGUCCCCGUACAUGACGUACAGCGCCGCUCCGUCCAGCUACAUGGCCGGCCACGGCUGGCAGCACGCCGGGGGCACGCCGCUAUCCCCGCACGGCUGCGACCUGCCCGCCUCGCUGGCCUUCAAGGGCGUGCAGACCGCCAGGGAGGGCAGCCACUCUGUCACGGCCUCCGCGCUCUGAUGCCCGAGCUGGUCCCAGAGGCCACCAGCUCGCCGGCUCCUCGGCCCCUGAGCCUAGCUCACGGACUGCUCUCUUCGUGCUGGCCAUGCCUGGCACUUCUCCUCGUGACUGCCUCCCGUAAGGCUGUUGGGAUUGAAAGAGCUGAAGGCAACACCAGAAACUGAGAGAAGUGUGGUGUUGUGCUUUUAAAGACUUUGUGUCCCUCAAAGGGCUCGUGGAGCCUUGUUCCACUCUCUCCUGGUCAAACCACACAUAUUUAUUCUUAAUCAUCACAAACUUUCUAAAUGUGCAAUUGUUACUAAGAUUUGUGCAAAAAUCAAUAAAGAAAAAUCACCACAGAAAAUUCUGCUAUGCCUUGAAUCAGCAAAGGUGGCUGAAUGAGAAGUGUUUGCCAAUUGCCUGGACAACGACCCCUUUAAUUGAUGAGAUACAAUCCACUGCUAUUAAGAGGUCCUGUAUUGUUGUUUUAUUGGGUUUUGGUAAUCAAAUCUAGGAUGAAGGCAAUAGAUGGCUUUCAGAUUCUUCUGGCAUGUUGCCAUCAUCAGGCAGUAGUAAGAUCUUUGUGAUUUUAUCUGUUUGUAAAUAGAGGCUUUUGACAGCAUUUGUUUUCACCUUCCAGUACAUUUCUUACCUUUUUUUUUUUUUUUUUAAAGUUCAGAAGAUGAUUUCUUCUAGUUAUUUUCUAUGUCUUUGCAUGGUGGGGUGAUAGGUGAUGAGGUUUAGGGGGGCUUUUCAUCAUGUUUUUGUGCCUGCAGUGGAGGCUUCAACAUCUUAUGAAAUAGUUAUCUCUUUGACAGAAGAAUCAAGGGCAGAAAUCCAGCUAAGUAAAUCUCCACAGUUAUACCCAGCCUCCCAGACUUGUGAAACACCAUAUUCAUAUGAAGUGUACAAAUAGAAAUGGGUGGAAAACACCUGAACAAAAUGGAAGACUGUAGAGGAAAAUGCUGUUAGUGUUCAACCUGUGCAGAGAUGCUUAAAAAGCCCUAUCAGUCAAAAACCCCACUGAGAAACAGAAAUGUACCAUCAUUCUCAGCUCACUUGUGUCCAGAUAAUGUUGUAAUUUUUUAAAGAGGACCUUGUCUUUAAUUUCUGCUUUAAUGAAUGUAAAGUAUGGCUCUUGGUAAAGUUUACAUUGUUGUUCUGAAGCAUUUUUUUCCCUUAUAGGUAUACUGGUGGUGGUGCUACAAACAGAGAUAUCAUUUAAUAUUAGCAAAUUUCCUUUCUACAUUUCUGUAUGCAGGGGCAAGUACUCCGUGCCAGUUAUUUUGCUUUAAACUUUAAUCCCAAAAGAGCUAAC